AUGUAUUCAACUCCGCUCCACUCAUCGAAUUCAGUUAAAUGCAGUGAACUCUGCCAGUACGACAUACCAAACAUAUCACUUAAUUUGGCUACUUUAUCGCUAGAAGACUAUGACAAAACUCCAACAACUGAUAUCUCAACAAUGAGAAAUCGAUAUUCUCGAAAAAGCUUACUUUGCGAAUUACCGGUCUCCGAUUGUUCACAUAGAAGGAAUUCGUAUGUGGAAUGGUGUCACCAUGAUUUUACUAAUGAUGAUCAUUGGCGGAUUGUACGCUAUUAUUUUGUUGAAUCUAAACAUUUACAAAUGAAUAGAAAGGCUUAUUUAGAUGAUGAAGUGAAUCAUUCCACCAAGUUAUAUCGUAUUUAUAUUGAUGAAAACGGCAAUAAAUAUUCAUUUUUUUAA